AUGGAGCAUCUUCUUCAGCGGCAAAACGAGUUGAUUCAGGACAUCAAUCGAGUUGGGCUGAAUUUCGCGAAGGACAGCGCGAACCGCAAAACCAAGGAAUACCUCGACAAACGCACUACCGCCCUAGAUCAAUUUUGGGGUGAGUUUGAACAGAACCAUAGACAACUAUUGGCUCAGGAAGACGAUUCUGAGUAUUUCGUCAAUAACAUAUUCCAACAAACUAAAGACUUCUACGAGAAACAGCGUAAAAUGAUCGCGAGUUACCCUCCGUUAUUACCGCCUUUUGCUGCCACCGGUGCUGGUUCUAGCAAAGCAUUCGACAAUAAUUUUACCUGUGAAGACCGUGGCACCAACCCAGGCGGCCCCGUAGAAGAACUUCUUUCACAACAAAGGACAUAUUUUAGAGCUUUAUCUCGUGUUAUAAAGCGUCCAGACAUCAAUAACAUCGAGGAAAAAUGGGAAAUUGAAGACCUACUAAAGGACCUUCAGCAUCGUUGGCGUAUAAUCGACGAAUUACAUAUGCGCAUCGACAACAUCUUAGAAGGCAGUGAUCGCGACUACGAAGACGAGUUUAUGACAUAUGAAAAUAUGUACAACAAAAUUAAACGACAGUUAAAUCGCAAAUUGAGUUCAACUUCACAUCUCCAACAAUCGACACCCAAGAUCGACAUCCCGGUAUUUUCUGGGAAUUAUAGGCAGUGGCCAACAUUUAUCGAUCUCUUUAACGAGACCAUACAUAACAAUAAUGGCAUCAGCAAUGCACAGAAAAUGCAAUAUUUAAAGGGUAAACUACGCGGCGAGGCGGAGCGCCUCAUCCAACAUCUUACCAUAUCUGCGGAAAACUACGAGACGGCAAGAGAUCUUCUCAUGCAUCGCUAUAACAACACCCAAAUCCUAUUCACAAAUCAGGUCGAAAUAUUCCUAUCACAACCUUCUGUGCACCGACAGUCUUCAUUCGAAUUAAAACGCCUGUAUGACACUACUAUGGAGAGUAUACAUGCGAUCCAUAAUCUUGGGGUCGAUACGACAUCAUGGGAUCCUCUGAUUGUGCAUUUAAUUUGCAAGAAGUUAGAUCCAGAGACCUAUUCCGAUUAUAAGCAAUCUCGCAAGUCUCCUCGCGAGCUUCCGUCAUUUGAAGAACUCAUGAAAUUCAUUGAAAGCAAGUUUACUGCGCUCGAACCCUUGACAAAGAAAGACACCGAACCAAAGCCUUCGUUUUCAUCUAAACCAACAUUCAAGCCUGGUUUUCAAAAAAGACCAUCAUUCAAGCCUCAUCAAGCUGGGGUUACAUUCACACCAAAGUGCGCAUUAUGUGAAGACAAACACGACUUGUACCAGUGUAAACGGUUCCUUAACAUGAGCCCGGAAACACGCCUGACGUCAAUUGCUAAGAAUGACAUAUGUCAAAAUUGCUUGUAUAAGCAUAAUGGCAAGCCGUGUAAUUCGACGAAACGAUGUAAAUAUUGCCAUGAAUAUCAUAAUUCUAUAAUACACGACGACAUUUUGCAAUCUAGGUCACAACAAAAUGCAAUUAUUUCCUCGCCCUCUACGAGUACCUCGAAUGACAAUCGACAACCAAAACCGCAUAGCAACAAGCCACCUAGUGUUAACCACGUUGCUGCGGAUGACGAAGAGAUAUUAUUGACAACCGUAUCACUGAGAGUAAGGGCCGCUGACGGCAACUUUAUGACACUUAGAGCACUUUUGGAUCAAGGCUCUCAAAUAUCUCUAAUCUCAGAGAAUGCAGCUCAGACAUUAGGACUACAGCGCCGACAUAUUAAUGCAUCAGUCUCGGGGAUUGGCACGACCACCAAAAGUGGCAAAGGCAUCGUCUUUAUCGAGUGUCAAUCUAUAUAUGAAGACUACAGCUUCACGACACAAGCCCUCGUCAUAUCAAGAGUCAUCAAUCCCUUGCCAAACAACACAUUCUGCAAACAAUCAUGGCCACAUUUACAAAACAUCAACCUCGCCGACCCACACUAUAACGUAUCUAAACCGAUCGAUCUACUACUGGAUGCGAGUGUCUAUUCCGACAUUAUCAUGUCUGGACUUAUCAAGGGGCCACUGCAGGCUCCCAUCGCUCAACAGACAAGGUUAGGAUGGAUACUGUCCGGCAACGUUAGAACGUUUAACUGUCACGUGGUCAUCAAUGAAGUGGACGAUUUAUCUAAGUUUUGGGAGAUCGAGGGCAUACAAGACAACACAUCAAACUUGUCUGAACAAGAUCAAUAUUGUGAAGAUUUCUAUCAAACGACCACUCAACGUUUAGACUCUGGAAGAUAUCAAGUAGCCCUUCCUAUGAAGCAGGGAUUCGAAAAUCUCCUUGGAACGUCAAGGUCAAGAGCUAUCAUGCAGUUUAAACAGUUAGAAAAAAGAAUGUCUAAAAAUGACACCUUAUCAACUGCAUACCGCAAUUUCAUGGACGAAUAUUUGCAACUAGGCCACAUGAGUAACGUGAGCGAGUCGCGCAGCCACGUGACGUCAAUGCCUACGUGUUAUUUACCUCAUCACGGCGUUUGA